UGGCCAAGUGUCGCCAAGAUGCGUGCCUACUACACUACGAAGGAUAUGCGAAAAUACGGCGACUUGAGCUAUGAAAGCAAAUACCUACUGGAUCCAAAGUUCAUGACCAAGCGGGAUCUGCAGCAAUACUAUCGCUACUACAACAUGAAGAAGGGUCGUGGCCACUUCAAGAAAGUGGUUAUUGUCAUCUUUUGCCUCUGCGUGUUCUCCUACCUCUGCGUGGACUAUAAUCUCAGGACAAAGUUGUUACGCUUCCGCGAUGGCUUCGAUUUUAUGGCCCGCAUCGAAGACCGGCGUGCAAAUAUGACCACCGCCUACUUUGUGGACACUCCAGGCUGCCGGAUGCCCCACUUCGAGGUCAUCGACGACACCAUCGCUCAGUUUGUGUUCAAGCCACGCCAGUUUAGCUGUGGCAAGGCCCUGCUCCGAAGUAGCGACACAGUGCCUGGGAGAUUGCACCUUGAUUUGGAUGCCAAGGAGCUGAUGCUCCACUACAAUAUUACCGACCUGUCGGCCGUAAAGUGCAACUACACGGAAGUGAUCCGGAAGACGGAUGAUAAGAAUAGCUACGGUCCGGGAGGGAAUUUCUCGCUGGAUAAGGUGAUACAGCUGUCGCCGAAAGCGGAGUUCCUAUGCCUGUGGUGUUAUGACGCCAAUGGCAGGGGCAUCUUCAAGGACUGCCACUUCUUUGCGGUGGAAAAGCCUCGGAUAAAACCAGUGUCCAAGAAAAGCGCCAACCAAGCGAGCUUUAAUCACACCAAAGAGAUGGGCCAGGAGCGCGUUUCCGUGAUGAUCCUGGGCAUAGAUAGCAUAUCCCACCUCAACUUCCUGCGCCAGAUGACCCGUUCGGCCAAUUUCAUACGAAAGAAUCUCUCCCACGUUGAAAUGUGGGGCUACAACAAGGUGGGCGAUAACACCUAUCCGAACAUAGUGCCUCUGCUGACCGGGUUGGACGACCAGGAGCUGGGUCUCGCCUGCUCGCCGACCACAAUGGCCUUUGACAACUGCGCCUUCAUAUGGAAGCGUUUUCAGCAGCUGGGCUACCGCACCGCCUUCGCCGAGGAUGUGGCAUCUCUUCCGACGUUAAAUUUAAAUGCCUUCAUAAAACAACCCACGGAGUACUAUAUGCGACCCCUUAUGCUGGAGAUGGAGCGUGAUCUGGCUUCCCAAGAGAAGCUCAACAUGUUCCUGUGCAUGGGUUGUCGUCGAACGGCGGAUGUAUUGCUCGACUACAUACGGAAGCUGGUGCCGAAACUCAGCCAGGAUCUCUCCUUCUCGUUCUUCUGGACGGUAGCCCUCACCCAUGACUACUUUAAUUACCCGGCUCUGCUGGACCAGGCCCUGCUGGAUCAGUUGAAGCAGAUGCAGGACUCCGGGCUGCUCAAUCGGACGGUGGUGAUGCUGAUGUCCGAUCACGGUUUGAGAUGGGGCUCUUUUCGGCGGACAUACCAGGGUAUGAUGGAGGAACGCCAGCCCCUGAUGAUGAUCCUGUAUCCGCCGUGGAUGAAAGAUCGCUAUCCAAAGGCGAUAGCUAAUCUAAAGCUAAACGCCCGCCGGCUGACCACUCCCUUCGAUGUCCACUCGACCAUGUUGGACUUGAUGAAUCUGCGGAAUUUGGAAGCAGAUCAGGUGCAACGUCGAGCGGCAGAGCUGGAUGAUCCGGACAGCACCAUGCCCAGGGGCAUUAGUUUGUUCCUGCCAGUGCCGGCGGCGAGGACGUGCGAGCUGGCGGGGAUUGCCUCCCACUGGUGCACCUGCCAUCAGCGUCAGGAGCUGCCGACAAACGAUGCUAGGGUACAGAGGGCGGCACGUUACCUUGUGCGCCUGAUUAACCACCGACUGAAGGGUAACCCGCAGUGCCGUACCCUCUUCCUGAACUCUAUCCUGCAGGCCUUCAUCGCAGCGCCGCACUCGAAGAUCGUAAAGAAUAUCUCCACCGACUAUGCCGUGGAUAUCACCUUGCGCCUGCAGACGAAGCCUGGCCUGGGCGUCUUCGAGUCCACGAUACGGAUGUCGGGCUAUAAGAGUGUCCUGACGGGAACCAUCAGUCGACUGAACCUGUACGGAAGCCAAAGCUAUUGUCUCAACGAUAAUACCCUGAAGAUGUUCUGCUAUUGUCACAGAUAAAUAGGGGGAGCACGGGGGGGACUUGGACUCUUUACAAAAGACUUUAUACUUGAUACCCAUGAACGUAGCCUUAGCCACCAAAAUGAAAUUUAUUUCUAUGAAAUAGUCACAGUUUGUAAAAAUGUUAAUCCAAUCUUAGCCUUUGUCGUAAGGACUUACCAAUCCUUGGGUACACCUAUGUAGUCACGAUUUUAGCGUAGCCGAAUUUAUUCAUUUCCCAUUAAAUUAGAGGACAAUAAGCCGACUUAAACUAAUAAAUUUAAUACAGAUACCCUUGGAGUUAUUGUA